GUUCGUCCUUCGGGCCGAGCGGCCGCCGGGGCCGCCAGACGUACACGCGGUACCAAACGCUGGAAUUAGAGAAGGAAUUUCACUUCAACCGCUACCUGACCCGGCGGCGCCGCAUCGAGAUCGCGCACUCGCUCUGCCUCACCGAGCGCCAGAUCAAAAUCUGGUUCCAGAACCGCAGGAUGAAGUGGAAAAAGGAGAACAAACUGCUCAGCUCCUCGCAGCUCAGCGCCGAGGAGGAGGAGGAGAAGGCGGCGGAGUGAUGCGAGGGGAAUUAAACAAAAAACAGCGACAACAACAAAAAAUUAAACAAAAAAAAAAAGAGAGAGAAAAAAAGCAACAACAACUAAAAAAAGUUAUUUAAAACGCGAGGAGAAAGCGCUAAAAAAUUGGAAUUGAGGGAGGGAGUGGGAUGAGAGGUGAGGGCUGGCUGGGGCAAAUCCGCGCAGCAGCCGCAAAGUUUGGGCCACCAAUGCCCUGCGCUCCAAUUCCCACAGAAUUUGCCCAAAAAAACCGCAAAAAUUAACCCGGCUUCUAGUGGGCCCACAAAGUUUGGGCCGCCAACACCUUGGACUCCAAUUCCCACUGAUUUUGUCCAAAAAAACGCAAAAAUUCAUCCGGCUUCUAGCGGCGUGUUGAGGUUUUUUCACCCUUUCCCUCCUGCUCCGCCCCCCCCCCACUCUCA